UCACUGUAUGGACUGUAUCCUUACAAGUCCAGUAUGAUUGGCCUGGAGACCCUGGGCGAUCCUUCAGGGAGCUGGGACAUAGUGGAAACCAUCGGCAAAGGCACAUACGGCAAAGUGUACCGAGUGACCAACAAGAAAGAUGGCAGUCAGGCAGCAGUUAAAGUGUUGGACCCAAUCAAUGAUGUGGAUGAGGAGAUAGAGGCUGAAUACAAUAUCCUGCGGACCCUUUCCAAUCAUCCAAAUGUAGUGAAAUUUUAUGGCAUGUUCUAUAAGACUGACAAGCUGUCUGGAGGACAACUGUGGCUCGUCCUGGAGCUGUGCAAUGGCGGCUCUGUCACUGAGCUCAUCAAAGGACUGCUCAUGCGUAGCCAGCGUCUACAGGAGCCUGUAAUCGCAUACAUCUUAUACUGUGCCCUCUUGGGUCUCCAACAUUUGCACAACAACCGGAUUAUCCAUCGCGACGUCAAAGGCAACAACAUUCUCCUGACAACAGAUGGAGGAGUCAAACUAGUUGACUUUGGUGUUUCGGCUCAGCUGACCAGUGCACGGCUGCGAAGGAACACGUCUGUUGGGACCCCGUUCUGGAUGGCUCCAGAGGUGAUUGCCUGUGAGCAGCAGUAUGAUUACUCGUACGACGCCCGCUGUGACGUGUGGUCUCUCGGCAUCACGGCCAUCGAGCUGGCAGAUGGAGACCCCCCUCUAUCCGAGAUGCACCCAGUCAAAGCUCUUUUCAAGAUCCCUCGAAAUCCUUCCCCUACGCUGCGAAAUCCUGAUCAGUGGUGCAGGAGUUUCUGCCACUUUAUUGGACAGUGUUUGAUAAAAGAUUUUGAAACCCGACCCUCAGUGACCCACCUUUUGGAGCACCCCUUUAUCAAACAGGCCCAUGGCAAAGAAGUGUCAGUACGACAACAGCUGUCAGCUCUCAUUCAGGAACAGCAGGAGCUGGGCUGCAAAACCAGAACGAAACAUGAAAGAAUCAGCACUCGGAAAACUAUUGUGAUAGAGAGUUGUCCAGACGAUGAUCUUGUAAACCUGGAGUUCCUUGAUGAGGAAACCAUCAUAAACCAUCUCCGUAAGAGGUAUGAGGAGCUUCAGGUAUACACAUACGUGGGAGACAUCCUUAUCGCUCUCAACCCUUUCCAAACCCUUAGCAUCUACUCUCCACAGUUCUCUAAAUUAUACCAUGGAGUAAAACGCGCGGACAACCCCCCACAUAUCUUUGCCACUGCUGAUGCUGCAUACCAGGGGAUGGUAUCUUUCUGCAAAGAUCAGUGCAUAAUUAUCAGUGGAGAAAGUGGUGCGGGGAAAACCGAGAGCGCUCAUUUAAUUGUUCAACAUCUAACAUUUUUAGGAAAGGCAAACAACCGGUCACUUCGAGAGAAAAUCCUACAGGUAAAUCCACUUGUAGAGGCCUUCGGGAACGCCUGCACCGCCAUCAAUGACAACUCCAGCCGCUUUGGAAAAUACCUGGAGAUGAAGUUCACCCACACUGGGGCGGUCAUAGGGGCCAAGAUUUCAGAAUACCUGCUGGAGAAAUCUCGGGUCAUCAAACAGGCCUUGGGAGAGAAGAACUUUCACAUAUUUUAUUACAUUUACGCCGGGCUUUACCAUCAAGACAAACUCAAGACCUACAGGCUGCCAGACAAGACUCCUCCAAGGUACAUCGACUGUCAGCAGUGUAAAUUAAUACAGGACAUUGCCACGUGCAAAUUGUACACUGAACAGUUUGAUGCAAUUCAAGAGUGUUUCCGAAACAUUGGCUUCACAGAAGAGGAAGUCAACUCUGUUUACAAAAUUCUCUCUGCUAUUUUGAACACGGGGAAUAUUGAGUUUGCUUCCAUCACAUCGCAGCACCAGACGGAUAAGAGUGAAGUGCCUAACUCUGAGGCCUUAGAGAAUGCCGCCUCCCUCCUCAGCAUUGGGCCAGAGGAGCUGCAGGAAGCCCUCACAUCCCAGUGUGUGGUGACCAGAGGCGAGACCAUCAUCCGCACCAACACUGUGGACAAGGCUGCAGACGUGCGAGACGCCAUGUCCAAGGCCCUGUAUGGACGCCUGUUCAGCUGGAUCGUCAACCGCAUCAACUCUCUACUGCAGCCUGACGACAGUAUCUGUGCGGCUGAGAGUGGCAUGAAUGUGGGAAUCCUGGACAUCUUUGGAUUUGAAAACUUCAAGAAAAACUCAUUUGAACAAUUAUGUAUUAAUAUUGCAAAUGAGCAAAUCCAGUUCUACUUCAACCAGCACAUAUUUGCCCUGGAGCAGAUGGAGUACCAGAGUGAGGGGGUGGAUGCCAGUCUGGUGGAGUAUGAGGACAAUCGGCCCAUCCUGGACAUGUUCCUGCAGAAGCCCAUGGGUCUGCUGUCUCUGCUGGACGAGGAGAGCCGCUUCCCCCAGGCCACUGACCACACUCUAGUGGAUAAAUUUGAAGACAAUCUGCGGUGCAAAUACUUCUGGAUACCUAAGCGAAUGGAGCUCUGCUUUGGGAUUCAGCAUUAUGCAGGAAAGGUGAUGUACAAUGUGAAUGGAUUUUUGGAAAAGAACAGAGACACACUUCCUGCGGACAUUGUUGUGGUCUUGAGGACUUCAGAGAACAAACUUCUGCAGCAGCUGUUUUCCAGCCCCUUAACCAAAACAGGAAACUUGGCCACAUCGAGGGCGCGAGUGACCGCUGCCUCCAGGUCUCUGCCUCCACUCGGGUCAGGCCGGACCAAGGUGGACACCAUGGAGAUGAUGCGUCACCCAGGGGAGACCACCAAUAUGAGGAGACAAACUGUGGCCUCAUACUUCAGGUACUCACUGAUGGACCUGCUGUCUAAAAUGGUCGUGGGCCAGCCUCACUUUGUGCGCUGUAUUAAGCCCAAUGACGACAGACAAGCGCUGCUCUUCUGUCAGGAGCGUGUGCUGGUGCAGCUGCGAUACACAGGCCUCCUGGAGACUGUCAACAUCCGCAGACAGGGAUACUCCCACCGAAUCCUCUUUGAGGAGUUUGUCAACAGAUAUUAUUAUCUUGGCUUCCGGGCGCAUCAGCCACCAGAGCCUGAUAAAGACAAUGCCAUUUCCAUAUUACAACGAGCCAAAUUAGAGAACUGGGUGAUGGGGAAGACAAAGGUCUUUCUGAGGUACUACCAUGUAGAGCAGCUGAACCUGCUGUUGAGGGGGAUGAUCGCUCGGGUGGUGGUGUUACAGGCCUACACCAAAGGCUGGCUCGGUGCCCAGCGUUACAGAAGAAUAAAGCAGAGGAGACACAGAAGUGCCACUAUCAUCCAGUCUGUGUGGAGGGGCUAUGUGGCCCGUCUGCUCUAUAAGCAGAUGAAGAAAGAGCGAGACCAGGCUGCAGUCCGAAUACAGUCAGUUUAUAGGGGCCAUCAGGUGAGACAGGACCAGGGACCCCAAGACCAAGGCUCACCUGAGGCUGGGAGGACCAGGUUAGAUGACAAAAAAGCAGAUACCAAUCAUGCACAGAGACAAAAAGUCAACUCCGACAGACGAGACAGACAAGUGAAAGACGUGAACAGAGACAAAGGCAACGCAGAAGACAGCACAGUGAAGCCAAGCAGGGAGACAGUCAGACUGCGAGACAUGCAGUGUAAACAAGGUCCAGUGAUGAAGCCUCGGCACAGAACGGCUCGCCGCCGGGGCCAGCAGCCCAAGCUGCUCAACAGCCCUGAGGACAGCCUGUACUACAACCAGCUCAAUAGAACUUUGGAUUACCAGGGGAGUAAGAGGAAGCCGCGAAAACUUGGACAAAUCAAAGUGCUGGAUGGAGAUGAUGAGUACUACAAAUUACUGUCAACCGCAGAUUCUAUCCCUGAGGAGGAGUACGAGAGCCUGCCCCCCUCGCUCUCCUUCUAGUGGGCCUGCGGACGAGCAUGUCAACCGAUCAACUUCACUCAUUUGAGCUGGAUCACAAUCAGACCAAACCAGGAAAUGCUACAUAAACGAUCAACUACAGUUAUGUCAUUAGA